AUGGCGUUCCCUGACUGGUCGCUGAGCCUGCUCGCCACCGCGUCCCUGUGUGGUGUUUUCUGGCUGUGUGUCCGCUCCAGGCGUAUAGGGCGGCCGGUGUGGGGGAACCCGUGGACUCGGAUGAUGGCCCGCACCGAGAAGCCGUUGUUUCGAAUCGCAUACACCCUGUACACAAAGACCAGGCUUGGUUACAUGUACUACAGGAGACAGCUGAGGAAAGCCCGUGAUCAGUACCCUGCUGGACACUCCAGGGCUCUGCCUGUGGAGUUGAAUGGUAUCAAGAUAAUUCCCAUCUCAGUACUUUCUGACAACUAUAGCUAUCUUGUGAUUGACACGGCAACAAGUGUGGCUGUGGUAGUGGACCCUGCUGACCCCCAAACAGUUCAGGCUGUCCUCAAAGAAGAAGGGGUGAUGUUGGAGGCUAUUCUCUGUACACACAAGCACUGGGACCACAGUGGGGGAAACAAAGAGCUGAAGAAAUUGCACAGCUCCUGUCGUGUGUAUGGCAAUGCAACUGAUAACAUUCCUGGCCUCACACACCCUCUCUCACACAGAGAUUCAGUAACAGUAGGCCACAUGCACUUCAGGGCUUUCUUCACUCCUGGACAUACAGUGGGCCACAUGAUCUACCUCCUGGAUGGAAGGGCUAUUGGAGCCCCCUCCAGCCUCUUUUCUGGUGACCUGGUGUUCCUGUCUGGAUGUGGGAGGAUGUUUGAAGGCAGUGCCAUAACAAUGCUGUCAUCGCUGGACACAGUUGGCUCCCUGAGUGACGAUACUCUAUUAUGGCCUGGUCAUGAGUAUUCAGAGGACAACCUGUUGUUUGCCGCUGAGGUUGAGCCACACAACGCAGCCAGGAAAAACAAAUAUCAGUGGGUCCUACAGCAGCGGAGCCAAAAGCUGUGCACGAGUCCCUCCACCAUCAGGGAAGAGAAGGAGUACAAUCCUUUCCUGCGGCUCCACUGUCCCGAUCUCCAUUUGGCCCUGGGCCUCCAGCAGCUCCCGGAUGAGGACUGGACCCAUUUUCGGGCGCGGGUUUUGGAGGAGUUGAGGAGACGUAAAGACAUUUACAACCGGAGAUAGUGCCGGCAGAUGUUAAACUGAGACAAAUGUAGAGGAAGCAAAAGGGUGUGCUCUCCUGUAUAGACCAGGCGGCGCUGUUGAAGGAACGCUAAGCGCUGUUGCGAGGCAAUGGUAGGUGAAGCUCUUAGGUUACAUAAGGUUGAUUUUUUUUCAAAAGCAAAUUGGAUGACUUUUAUGAAAGUCGGCGUUGGUACGAACAAUAAAUUAGCGAUAGCAUGCAUAGCAUUCCGUUAUUUUGCCAACCGUGACCACUAGAUGAUGGAUUCUGAGUUAGGAAUUGGCGUAACGGCAUCAGCGUGGUUUUCUGUGAAGUCUACAUGUCACAUUCUAAUCCACAAUGUGAGGCACUGUAUUAACUGAAAAGGCACUUACAGUACUGUGAGGUA